AUGUAUAUGUAUAUAUAUAUGUGUAUAUAUAUAUAUAUAUGUAUGUAUAUAUAUGUGUAUAUAUACUGUAUAUAUAUAUGUGUAUGUAUUAGCAGCGCCAAAUUAACUUAAAAUUUAAAUCAAGUUAAGAUAUGGCACAUGUGUUUGAAAAUCUAUUUACCUAACACUGUUUUUUUUAAUAGCAGAAUAUUUGAAUCAGACUUUUAACUGCGUUAUUAUGAGCAAUAAGGAGUUGCGUUCAAAGACACCACGUCAUUCAAGGUGAAUUCACGUUUAGAGUGAAUUUUCUGGGAUUUCCGAGCACACUUAAAUGCAGCAAAUUGUACUUCCGCAUUUAGAGUGACAAAGUAAGUGAUAAGAAUAUCAACUUAUUGAUUUUCAUCGCAGUUCUGUUUAUUUAGACCACCCAUAGACGCAUAAUAAAGACGUUAUUGUGAUGUUAGGAGUCACAGUGAACGCAUUUCGCGGUCUGUCUCGUGACAAUGAGGAAGUGUUGUUGCAAUGAAUGGACUACAGACGUGUUUCUUUGGAGUAGGAAAUGCAUAUAUGGUGUUGUAAGUGCGCUGCUGUUGAUGAGUUCAGGUAAGAAUAAAGUUAUAAAAGAGUGUCAGUCACUGUGGUCAUCGACUUGCCAGAGAGAAGCUGGAAGUUCUGAAGCAUUGCCGGUAUUAUUUGCAUUUGGGAGCAAAUAUGAGGUGAAAGAAGAAGAGUAAAGAUACAGUAUAGUAGUCCAUCUGUGUGAAUUUCUCUUGGAAAUUAAGUAUCUACCUACAGUAUCUGUGCAGCAUCUGGGAACAGGAGAAGGUGCGUUCAAUGACUGUCAAAUUGCUGCUAGCAUUAAACAUUCAAAAACCUCAUGUACAGGUAUAUGUUUACUUUUUUUUUUUAAAGAAAAGCAUGUUCACAUUUUUGUGAAUUGAUAAUGUUUGCAGAUUGUAUCUCUAACAUAUAAGUACCUUUUGCAGAAAGACAUAAUGAUCAUCAAUGAUAGCAGGUCUUACUCCCCUAAAGGACGAGGUACUGUAAGUCUGACCCUCCCCAAAGUGUCCCUUGUCCUGUAAACUCUCUGUAUGUCCCCACAACACUGUAUGUCACGCUCACACGCCAGUGAUGGAGGGAGAUCAGUUGUCGGAGCUGUUUGUUGGCUGUUAUUAUUUUUAGCCUACAGCCAUGAUCCCCUCUUUAUCUGGACGUGUGCAAUUGUGGCAGAGUGAGAGAUUGUAUGACUGUAUGACUGCCUGUUCACCAACGACAGUAGUGCAAAUACAGUAUUAGUCACGGACCUUAUCGAUGGGGAAUUACAAAUCAAGACCAUCACAGACGUGUACAGGUAAUGGCUUUUGUUUGGAAGACUGUUUCUUUUCAUAGUAGAUAAUGAGAAUUAAAAAACCUAUACUUGCCUCUGAAAACCGAUUAUUCUACACACACUGAAUCAUGAUGAGUUGACAAUUUGUCGCUGAAGAUGAGUGGAAGAAGAAGGUGAGUGAGUCGUACUCUGUGAUCCUGGAGAAGCUGGAGGAUGACCUCCAACUCAAAGACAGCGAACUUGUGGACCUCAAACUCGCAUUCAGAUGAGGCAUUUCAAAAGGUGAACUUGAACUACCGAACAGAGAAGGGCCUGUCCUUACUGCAUCUCUGCUGCGUAUGCGGAGGUAACAAGGGACAUAUCAGCUCUUUAAUGCUCAAAGGCCUACGCCCUUCCAGACUGACCAAGAAUGGAUUCACUGCACUCCACUUAGCUGCGUACAAGGACAAUGGCGAGCUGGUUACUGCGCUUCUCCACGGGGGGUCAGAUGUGCAGCAGCUGGGCUACGGUGCCCUCACUGCCCUGCAUGUGGCCACACUGGCGGGACACCUUGAGGCAGCAGAUAUUCUCCUCCAGCAUGGAGCUUGUGUCAAUGUCCAGGACGCUGUGUUUUUUACCCCAUUACAUAUUGCAUCCUAUAACGGCAAUGAGCAGCUUGCCAAACUACUGCUGAAGUUUGGGGCAGAUGUAAAUGCCAGUGGCGAAGUGGGGGACCGGCCAUUGCAUCUGGCCGCAGCCAAGGGUUUACUUGAUAUCAUCACACUGCUGGUGGGGGAAGGAGGCAAAGCUAACGUGAAUGCUCAGGACAAUGAGGACCAUGUGCCCCUCCACUUCUGUGCUCGCUUUGGACACCAUGAGGUUGUACGCUUCCUCCUUCAGGGCAACUUUGACGCACAGGCUCACGCUACCAACAUCUACGGGGACACACCGUUACACUUGGCCUGCUACAAUGGCAAGUAUGAUGCAGUGAAGGAGAUUAUUCAGCUCUCUGGUGCAGAGAGUCUUACAAAGGAGAACAUUUUCAGCGAGACAGCACUUCACAGUGCAUGCACCUAUGGUAAAGACCUGGAGAUGGUCAAAUUCCUGUUGAGCCAGAAUGCGAUGAGCAUCAACCACCAGGGCAGAGAUGGACACACAGCCCUGCACAGCGCCUGCUUCCACGGUCACAUCCGCCUUGUGCAGUUCCUGCUGGACAAUGGGGCAGACAUGAACCUCGUUGCUUGUGACCCCAGCAGGUCCAGCGGGGAGAAGGAUGAGCAGACCUGCCUGAUGUGGGCUUAUGAGAAAGGUCAUGAUGCUAUUGUCACCUUACUGAAACACUACAAGCGCCCCGAUGACUCUCCUUGCAAUGAGUACUCGCAGCCAGGAGGGGAUGGUUCCUAUGUUUCUGUCCCUUCCCCUCUGGGAAAGAUCAAGAGCAUGACGAAAGAAAAAGCAGAAGUGCUUCUUCUCAGGGCCAGCCUCCCCUCACAUUUCCAUCUUCAGCUCUCUGAGUUGGAAUUUAAUGAAAUAAUUGGAUCAGGCUCCUUUGGCAGGGUUUACAAAGGAAAAUGCCGGAACAAAAUAGUUGCGAUUAAACGCUACAGAGCCAACACGUACUGCUCCAAGUCAGACGUGGACAUGUUCUGCCGAGAGGUCUCCAUCCUCUGUCGCCUCAACCACCCCUGCAUCAUCCAGUUUGUGGGAGCGUGUCUGGACGACCCCAGCCAGUUCGCCAUUGUCACCCAAUAUAUCUCGGGGGGUUCGCUCUUCUCCCUGCUGCACGAGCAGAAGAGGCUUAUUGAUCUGCAGUCCAAGCUCAUCAUUGCCAUCGACGUAGCCAAGGGAAUGGAGUACCUGCACAACCUCACCCAGCCUAUCAUCCACAGAGACCUCAACAGUCACAAUAUUCUUCUCUAUGAGGACGGACAUGCCGUGGUGGCAGAUUUUGGAGAGUCCAGAUUCCUCCAGUCUGUGGACGAGGACAAUAUGACCAAGCAGCCAGGGAACCUGCGAUGGAUGGCUCCUGAGGUUUUCACCCAGUGUACUCGCUACUCGGUGAAGGCAGACAUGUUCAGCUAUGCCCUCUGUCUGUGGGAGCUGCUCACCGGAGAGAUUCCUUUCGCACACUUGAAACCUGCUGCUGCAGCAGCAGACAUGGCCUACCAUCACAUUCGGCCUCCUGUUGGUUACUCCAUCCCCAAACCCAUUUCUGCACUUCUGAUGAGAGGAUGGAACGCAUGUCCAGAGGACCGUCCAGAGUUUUCUGAAGUGGUCACCAACCUGGAGGAGUGCUUAUGCAAUGUUGAGCUGAUGUCACCCGCCUCCAGCAACAGCAGUGGCUCCCUGUCGCCUUCCUCGUCAUCGGACUGUCUGCUUGCCAGAGCCGGACCCAGUCGGGGUCACGUGGCCGCGCUCCGGUCCAGAUUUGAGCUGGAGUAUGCGCUCAACACUCGAGCUUAUGCCUUCUGGAGUCAGAGUGAGCGGAGGCGAGCAUCUGGAGGCCUCUCACUGGAGGAAAUAAGAAGGAGCAUGCAGUUUUCUCCCAUUGAUCGCAAUGGUUACGUCUCAGAUCCCAUGAGCACCAUGCGAUUCUGCUCAUCCUUUAGCAGCAACGGCAGCUUUGAAGACAGUAACUAACCCUCAUUGUAAGACAUCAUUUGUUCUCUUAUUUCUUUACUCAUGUGUGGCAGCUGAGGCUGUAAAUACUGUGUAAUGUGUUGGUUUGCUCAUUUUUAAUUUGUCCUUAUGUCUCACUAUUUAUCAUAUGUUACUCUGAAUAUUUCUUAAAAUAAUGAAUAAAAAAGUGAUUAUUUUAUUUUGUGUGUAGGGUUUGUAUACUUCUCAUUAUUCCAAAUGAACACACACAUCUUUAUUUGCCAGUGUUUUUUUAUUCAGUGAAAACUUGCAAACCCACACUUAAGGGUAAUAAAUGAAUUUAGCAG